AUGGCCCAACUGCGGGUCACAGUCAAGUCGACGGCGCUGGCCGUCCUCACUCGCGCACGUCACCAACAUCAGGAUAUGUUCGAUGACAACGACGCCGCCAUCAGCAAUCUGCCCGCCGAGAAGUACCGCCUGCUUGAAUCCUGCAACAAUCGUCCCACCGACGACGACAACAAAGCAGACUUCUAUCGUAGUCGACGCCUUCUGCAACGACGGCUACGCGACAUGCAGGACGACUGCAUGGCUCAAUAG